AGCUAUCUACCACAGCUUACGUUAGCUUCGUUUCACAUUGGCAAGAGCAGCAAACGAAACGUUACGCAUGAUCAGAGGGUAGCCGUUUAAGAACAACCCAACCGAGUAAAAAGUCUGAGUGGGCUUUUGAACUUUUGAAAUGGAGGUGGAUGAACGAAACACGCCAACCGUCGUCCUUGAAACAGCUAUAUUUGCCUUGGUGAUGGUCCUUUCGCUUCUUGGAAACUCUAUGGUCUGCUAUGCUGUGCGCAGAAGCCCAAGUCUUCGUAGUCCGAGCAACUACUACAUCAUUUCCCUGGCACUAACCGAUAUUUUCCAAGCUCUGUUCAUUAUGCCGUUAUCUGUUGUUUUUCUAGCUACUGGGAAAUGGCCUUUUGGAUCGCAUCUGUGUCAUUUCGUAGCCAUCACAAAGAUAUCCCUGGCAAAAGUCUCAACGUUUACCAUGGGUCUGAUGGCGUUGAAUAAAUAUUACAAGAUAGCGAAGCCAGCCAAAUAUCCAAGUAUUUUCACCAAGAAAUUCAUCAUUGCCUCAGCAUCGGUAGUAUGGGUGGAACCCUUUGUGUUCUUUCUCCUUGUAGUGUUUGCCGUCGAUUUCGGUGUGAGACCAAUCCUAGGCUUCGCCACAUGCGUCAUCGAUUUAAAUCCCUUAGCUCUGCCUGUCUACAUAUUCCAAACCUACUCCCCUUAUUGCGUCAUUGGGUUUUGCUACUGGAAAAUUUACCGAUUUGUGAGGAUGCACAAUGAAAGCGUAUCAUGGCAAAGUGCCAAUGUGAAACAUAUUAACGUCAGCAAAACUUUGUUUGUUACUGUCGUCGGAUUCGCAAGUCUUUGGGUGCCUGCACACGCCAUGUUUAUCAUGUCAAUUUUAACAUCAAUUCCCCGUCAGCUUGAAAUUCUUGUGACACUUUUAGCGUUCACAUCCAGUUGUGUAAAUCCUUUCAUUUAUGGCUUUAUGAAUCGCGCAUUCAAAAUCCAAUUCAAAAACAUAUUUGCGCCACGAAAUACUAACUCGAUAGCCGCAGAAUCUGCCGGCCGACAUUAGGCACGAGAUAUGAAAACGUUCUCAAUCGCGUAUUCAUUAUAUUUCAUGCAAUGCUUACUGGAUGACAAAAUUCGUUAGUUCAUUUCAUAUUUUUGGUCGAUUUAGCUGAGAAUCAGUGGUAAAAUUAUCAGUGAUAAAGUGAGUAGAUAAUAAAUAUGGAUUUGAGGAAAAACAAAUAAACUAUCUACAAAGGAUUUUUCGGCAUCAGAGCCUUCUUUUGUUGUUCCCAACAAAAUGCGUAAAAGUGCGUAAAUUU